UAUCGUACGCUCAGUUUGUUUAUAUCUAGAGGGACGAACGCACAUUGUUAUCAUAACAAUUGUUAACGGUAAUUGCUCAAUAAUAAUAAUAUAUUCAUUAUUGUGACUGUGAUGCGUGAAAUGGACAUGGAUAUGUGCAAUACGCUGUCUUCACCAGAAGGUCUACAGGACUGGCACACAGACUUCGACGGCUGGGAAUGCAGGUUCAAUGCCAGCGUCCGUUUGUCAAGAUCACAUUCGAAACGUCAAGAAAACGACCAGGAAAGAUGCCAAAACUGCUCCAAGGAACAGAAAACUCAAAACACGCACGAAACACAGCCAAGUCUUGAAAACUUUGUAAAAACACAGCCAAGUACAGAAAAACCAACACUCCACGAAUUUAUUGUGAAUGGACUAUUAAUUGCAAAGAAAAGGAAAGAAAAUAAAAAUAAGACUGAUUUUUUAAGUAUUUUUAAGGGUAAUGAAGAUUUUACGCACUACGAUUAUGUAUUAUUGACAACUGUUAAGGAAAAUGGGAGGAAACAUUUUUAUAAAUAUACCUUAAGGUCUAAGAUUUGAUACAUUUGUUUUAUUGAUACCUAUGCC